AUGAGCAAUGAUACAAGUGUCAAUGAUACAGCAUGGGACUCAUUUUCAUUUUUAGAUCUUACAAGAUUUGUCAUACAUAUUUUGAAUAGCAACAAAACACUUGAUAAAUAUUUCUAUUCACUUUCAUCGAUGAUGUACAAAUGUUCAUUCAAUAAUAUGCCAUGUUCAAUAAAUGAUUUCGUUCCUUUUACAUCAUUCCUUUACGGUGCCUGUUAUACAUUCAAUGCAGCAUUGAAAAAUAAUACCAAUCGAAAUAUACUUUAUGCCAACGAAUAUGGUGGUGAUGGAAAGCUCUCUAUAGGUCUUUACAUACAUAGUCAUCAAUAUGUGCCCCUUCUACCUAGCGGGUUUGGUGCCAUAGCUCUAGUUCACGAUAAUACACAAUUACCAAAUAUUGAAGCAGCUGGUAUUGAAUUAACACCAGGACAAAGACACAAACUUGGAUAUAAAAAGAAAACAACUUACUUAUUAUCUUCACCCUAUACAACAUGCACUAAAAAAAUAUCUCCAAAUAUACAAGCCAUGUUUGAAUAUUACAAUAAUGCUAAUUAUGGCUAUUCUGAAAUGCUAUGUUAUCAACUUUGUGGACAGGAAAACAUUGGUGAACUUUUAAUUUCAUCUUCUCUUAUGAAAAGUUAUUGUUCAGAAUGUUUACAAGAAUGUGCAAUAGAAAAUUUUAUUAUACAAACUUCUUCACUAUCACAACCAGGUGAAUGGGAAAUGGAAAAAAUUAAACAGUUUGUUGAAAAUUCCACGAUUCCAUUAGCGACGAAUUGGUCUAGUACAUGGCAAGACGAAAUUCGUAAAAAUUAUCUUACUAUCAAUGUUGUACGCGAAACAAGUGUUGUCGAAAAUAGUACACAAUCAGCGACCAUCGGGAAAUGA